GUAUUUGUCAUCUGUGAUUCUGUGUUCGAUAAAGGGAGACACAAUUUUGGUUUUACAAUUUUAGUGAUUUUCAUUAUUUUCAUGUUUAAGUAAUUGUUGUUACGCCUUUAUUUAUUGUGCAACUAUCUAAUACAACUCAUUACAAUGGAUAAAAGAAAACUUUCCACCGCAGGCGACAGCCUCUAUCUAAUACUGCAAGUUCCAAAAACUGCAACGGCCGACGACGUCAAGAAAAGUUAUCGCAAAUUAGCAUUAAAAUACCAUCCAGACAAAAAUCCGAAUAACCCAGAAGCCGCUGAUAAAUUUAAGGAGGUAAAUCGUGCUCACACAAUUUUGAGUGACGCCACGAAACGAAAUAUAUACGAUAACUAUGGCUCCCUCGGGUUGUACAUAGCAGAACAGUUCGGCGAAGAGAACGUCAACGCCUAUUUCGUCGUGACGAGCACUUGGUGCAAGGUGCUGUUCGUCGUGUGCGGCGUUCUGACGGGCUGCUACUUCUGUUGCUGCCUGUGCUGCUGCUGCAACUGCUGCUGCGGGAAGUGCAAGCCGCGUCCGCCCGAGGAGUCCGGAGACUACCACACGCUGGAGCGAGACGACUCGGACGGCGUGCAGCCGGUGACCAUGCAGCCGGGUGGCGAGGGACGCCCGGCCGGCAACCAGGCGCCGCCCAUCGCUAUGCCGGCCCCGGCGCCCGCCGGCGCUUCCGAGAACACGGGCCUCAACACAGGGAGCAGUAUACCAAAAUACACGUGAAGUAUAAACAGCUAAUCUAGAGUUAUUUGUAAGGCAAAUGAGGAACCCGCUACUUAGUACCACCUUCCAUGAUGCUUCUUACAAAUGUAAGCCUUAAUGUUAUUUUUUUAUAUUUAGUUACCUAUUUAUUUUCUUAAAAAAAUGUUUUUUUUUUUGGAAUAGUAUACUUUAUUAUUUAUUGGUUCAUUAAUAUUCGCCUUAUUUUCAAUGACUUACUUUCCUGUUGUACUGUAUCUUUUAAUUCUUAUCGCCUUUCGAUAAAACCAUUUAUACUAUUGUCUAAUAAUAUUUGUGACAAAAUUCUGAUUUUACAAUGGAGUGAAUAUGAUUAAUUUGUUUUUAUGAAUCAUACGUGUUGCAAUGAAUUAAAAUUAGCCAUAAUUAGUGCAGCUCUGACAAAUUCAUAUUGAUCAAUUUUUAUUUAUUUAUUAGUGCGUAUCCAUUUAAUAUAGGUAUGUUUAAUAUUAUAAUUACGUGCAUUUCAUACAUACAAAAAUACACUGCUCUAAGGACUAAUUAGUAAUUACGUACCCGGACAUGUAACCACGUGGCACGUCUAUUAUCUUUCUACAAUCGAAAACGCUUCGAAAAUAAAAUAAUGUAUGGGGAUGACAUUUUGUUAUCGACAAGUCACGUGAUCAAGUUAUCUAUAAGAUCUGUCAUUGCCAUACUUUUUUUUAGUUUUCGAAGCGUUAGCGUCUGUAGAAAGAGAAUCUAUGUGCCAUAUGGUUAUGGGCCCUGUAUUGGAGAAAGAAUUUUACAUUAUGUACAAUUUGUACGCAUAUAGUGCUUACACUAGUCAAAGUCCUUCUCCACAAAAUAAAAUUAGGCACAAUAUGUAUCUAAGUACUUUGUAUUCACAAUAAUAAUUAACAGAUAUUGAUGUACCUACCUAAUUUCUAUGAUCUUACUAGCUGAGCGUUGUUUUGCUUUAAAAAAAUAUAAAACCUAUUCUCAGACCUAAAUAUACAUAUAAAACUUUAUAAAAUCGGCAAAGCCGUUUACGGAGGAGAAUGGCAACUAACACUGAAACACGAGAAUUUUACAUAUUUGUAACAUUUUUCUCUACCAAUAUAUAUACCUAGUAGUCGAAUGUUCUAGUUAGUUUAAAAGUGAAAGUUUCUUGGAAAGUUAAAUUUAAUUGUUAUGGAUACACACUAUUAUGAUAUGAAGAUAAGAGUAAGGUAUUUUGAUCAUAUGUAAUUUUAUUCGGCGUACAUUCCUUAAAACAGGCCUAAUCCAACAUAACAUACGAGUACGAACUACAAUUACCUACUUAAAGCUUAAGUGAAAGUAUUAUUUAGUUUGGUACAAGUAUCUAAUUAGGUGAUCCAUGUACCGGGGAUUUACCUAUUAUCAUGUAUGUAUAAAAUUACCUAUAAGUAAUUGUUACUAUUUAUAGUCAUCGAUAUUAUUAUUAAAAGCCAGAUUCACACUA